AUGGCUGGAAGGAAUGACGCUGCAAUGGCUGCCGCAAUGCAAGCAAUGGCACAAGCUGUGCAGAACUUGCCAAAUGCUGGUGGAGAUGCUGGAUCACGUAGCUUGGCGACUUUUCAGAGAGAGAACCCGCUGGUGUUUAAAGGAAAGCAUGAUCCAGAUGCAGCCUUGGGAUGGUUGAAAGAGAUUGAGAGAAUCUUCCGUGUUAUGGAUUGUACUCCAGUUCAGAAGGUUCGGUAUGGUACUCACAUGCUAGCAGUCGAAGCUGACGACUGGUGGCUAGAGACUCACGAGAGGUUGACCGCGGCAGGUGAAGUCGUUACUUGGGAUGUAUUCCGUAGGGAAUUUCUGAGGAAGUAUUAUCCAGAGGAUGUCCGUGGUAAGAAGGAGAUUGAAUUCCUUGAGCUGAAGCAAGGAAACAUGUCUGUCACGGAUUAUGCUGCGAAAUUUGUGGAGUUGUCCAAAUUUUAUCCUCAUUACACUGGUGCUGGUGCUGAAUUUUCAAAGUGCAUCAAGUUUGAAAAUGAGGACAAUAAUGCUCAUUACAAGAUUGUCAGUGAUCGCAGAGGCAAGCAACAUCAAAACCGUGGCAAGCCAUAUGAUGUUCCGGCUGGAAAAGGGAGACAAAGAGCUGCUCCGGCUCAGAGAGCUAGUGGGGGAGGUGCUCCUACUGGUAUAGUUUGCUUCAAGUGUGGUCAGGCUGGUCAUAAGAGUAAUGUAUGCACUGCUGAAGUAAAGAGGUGUUUUCGCUGUGGUAAGAUUGGCCAUGCAAUAGCUGAUUGCAAGCACAAGGAAGUGAUUUGUUUUAAUUGCGGAGAAGAAGGGCAUAUUGGAAGUCAGUGUCAGAAGCCGAAGAAAGGGAAUCAGUCAGGAGGCAAGGUCUUUGCUUUAUCGGGUUCUGAGACUUCUGCAGAUGAUCGUUUGAUCCGAGGUACGUGUUAUAUUAAUGGCUUUCCCCUUGUAGCUAUUAUUGACACAGGUGCGACUCAUUCCUUUAUAUCUUUGGAUUGUGCUGUGAAACUUAAGUUAGAGAUAUCUGAGAUGUUUGGAAGUAUGGUAAUUGAUACUCCUGCGAAGGGUUCAGUGACUACUACUUCGGUUUGUUUAAAUUGUCCUUUGAGUAUUUUUGGUAGAGACUUUGGGAUAGACCUUGUGUGUCUUCCGUUAGUGCAGAUUGAUGUUAUCUUGGGAAUGAACUGGUUGGUGUUUAACCGAGUUUCUAUCAACUGUUUUGAUAAGACUGUGAUUUUCCUGGGAUGGAAGAAGGAAAAAGUUUAUUUCUAUCAGCCAGACAGGUGGAUGAGGAAGUAG